UAUGAGACAUCAUCACAUGUACGUCAUGUACACUAACAAUUAUACAUGUAUACGUAUUUGUUUUAUUUAUAAAUGACAAACGCAUUGGUGAUAAUUUCAUGGAGAUGAUGUUCAAUGUUAUGUAGAACAAUAUAACACUUUGAGGAAGUGUUUGUGGUUGCAGAUUUUCGUUGAGGAAAAGACAAGAUCGGCAUUUUUUUUUGUACAAUUAUCAGACCACUUUAGGUUUAGAAAUCGAAUUUAAAUAUUACAUAUAUCCUGAAAUUUAUAAAGUCAUACGUCCUUUUCUAACGUAAGACCUUUUUUUAUAUCUCUUGGUCGUAGCCUAGCUGUUAUCAUCAAUUGUUUAUUAUUAUAUAGCGAAAAUGCAUUCGUAUACUGUGCAAAAUAUCAAAAUGUUAAAACAUAUAAUAAUAACUAAAGUUUUUAUCAAUUUCGAAUCAUAAAUCUGUUGCAUGUAAUAACAAUAAUUAAUUGCAACAUUUAAAUACAAACAAAUAAUUGAAUUUCCUAUAAUUGAUAAAUGAUCUUUAAAAUAUAUAUUUUUCAAUGAUUAAAGUUAUGAAAAGUUUUACCGAUCAAAUAUGAAAAUACAUUCCUUUGUAACUUCGAUUAAAAUAUAUCAUUAUACGGACGGAUUGCCCUUUUCUUGUCCUUUUUAUCGACAGAAUACGUUUCGAAAUUGGCCUCUGGAAAGUCAAUAUCCAAGAACUUAUUUAUCAGAAGCAGGAUUUUAUUUUUGUGAUGGAAAGACUGGUAUAUAUGUUAUACGAUGCUUUGUGUGUGGAAUUUUUACAAUACCCACUACAUGGAAGACUAAUGAAACACCCGUUGAGGCUCAUAAACGGCUAUCAAAAUGUUGCAGCUUUAUAACUAACUGGUGUAAUGAUUCCAGAUAUGACUUUUCAUAUUCUACCAAUAUCUCAAUAUGUUCAACACUUACACAGCUCUAUGUUCAUAAAGAGUAUGCUGAACUGAAUAAGAGAAUGGAUUCUUUUAAAAAUUGUUUCUACAAGGAAAUGCUUAAACAGUAUAAACAUGCUGCAAGAACUGGACUAUUUUAUUCUGACGAUUCCUUGAUUUGUUGCUGUUGUAACUUCAAGCUGUACUUCUCUGAUUCUGAGGAUGUCAUGUGGCAGAGGCAUGUGUUGUUUAGUCCAGAUUGCUUUUAUUUACGAGAAACCAAAGGAGUUGAUUUUGUAAACAAAUCACAGGAGAAAUGGAGAAAGAUCUACAAGCCAAACAACAAAAUGAUGGUAGACGUAGAAAGUCGUAUAGCAACAUUUAAAACGAGAUGGAAAACAACAGUCAGACAAACACCAGAGAUGCUGGCAUAUGCAGGAUUUUACUAUGCUGGGGAAGAAGGAGGGGAUACUGAUUGUGUUAGAUGUUUUUACUGUGACAGAGGCCUUAAACGUUGGGAACCGUCUGACGAACCGUGGACAGAACAUAUUGUUAAAUCGAAGGAAUGCAAAUUCGUAGAACUAAUGAGGGGACACUUGUAUAUUAAACAUGUUUGCGAAAACUACAAGACAAAAAAUGAAAAUAAAAAACCAAACAGGGACAGUCAAGAGUACAAUAACAAACUGACACUGUCUGAAAUGGGAUUUUCUGUGGAUGAUAUUCAAUAUGCCAUCAGCACGUUUGCAGAUAAUUCAGAAGGAUGUUGCAACUAUGAAAUAGAAGAUCUUUUGAACAUUUUAAUUCAAAGACAUGAAUCAUCACGAGACAAUGAUGUUUAAAGACAAACUAUGACAUAUGACAGAAUUUUUCAGUUCUAAAACUAGGAUUCCAAAAGUUUGUUAAUGUAUGCAUUUUUUUAAAAAAUAUUCAAACACAAUGAAUAUUACAAUAGAAUUACUGAUAUCAGUGCCUAUAAAUAAAGUAGAUAUUCAUAAUAUUUAUAACGAUGCAAUUUUUCAUGAAGUUUUAAAUACAUGCAAUUUGGUUCAUAUGACAAUUAUUGGUUUUAUAAUAAGUAAGAAUACUUAUUUGAUAUCAACCCGAGUGAUUUAUUUGUAAUAUGACGAUAAACUUGUAUUCGAUGAGCCUAGUUUUACUAUUUAAAUGAAAUAAGCAAAACUGCUAUCAACCGAUAGUUGAAAGUGAUCAAAAUCCAAAAGGAAUAUAUAGCCAGUGGAAACGUCGAUAUAUUGUCACAUUAUGCUGGACAAGCCAAUUAUAUUCACGCAGAUAAUUGUUUAACUUUUUCGUAUCACAUUCUGUACAGUGUGACACGAGAAAUGUGUCUUUAUGCAAGACAUAGAUAACAGGCUGCAACCAUAAGUUGAACAUAAGGAGGGGAUUAUGCGUUUCAUUUGGUAUUGUUUUGCAUAUUAUUCAUAAGACUUUUUGUAUUGUUUAAAUACCAUUGCAAGAAGGGUUAGACUAAUAUAUAGAAAUAUAGAGGGACUUAAAAGUAAUCAAAAUGCGAAUGACUCCUUUAUCUGAUUGAGGUAAAGUAGGAGAGGUAAAACAUGACGUUAGAGAUGGCAUUUUAGUAUUAACUAUAUGAAUUGUUAAUAUGAAGUGAUCAAAUAGUUUUAUUAUACUUCACGUUAAAAUGCCAUUUUUUGAUUGGUUAAGACGAGGUUGUCAAUUUACUCUAUCACAUGGCUGAGCGGGUGACAAUUUUUUGUAAUGUUACCCUCUCGUCUAGGCCAAUCAGAAAUCGAUAAUUGAAAGAACAAUGAAUUGAAUUUACAUCAAGGAAUUAAAUACAAUGCUUAAGUUCUACUUUUGGCUCAGAUUUUAUUAUCGACUGUUAAAAUAAAUAAAAUAAAACAUUUUGCUUGACUUUUUUUGUUUUUUGUCUAAUGCCCGUAACGUUGUUAUGAACGUGACGUCAUAGAAAAUACUUUUAAAAUAAAAGUAAUCUGUAAAAGCCAAUAAUAAUAGGACAUUCAGUAUAAUAAAUUAAAUAACACAUAGCUGAGAGGGUGAUAGAGCAGAUUGGAACCCCUCG